UUUAAAAUAAAUGUCAUUUCUUUCCUCUUUUGAUAUUAUAUAUAUAUAUAUAUAUCUAGUCUAUAUGAAUCACACACAGUAUGAUUACAGCAAAAUUUUCAUUUACAAUUUUAAAAUAUUCCGGUCUUUGGCGACCAAAAUCACUUCGAUCACAAUGGGCGUUUUUACUUUAUAAUUUAUAUAGUUUUACAAUUGUUUUUCUAUUUGUCACACUUGACAUGUCAUUAUUAUUGUUUAUAAUUUUAAUUCCAACUAAUGUAGAAAUAUUAAUGAAAAAUCUUAUGUUUUUUAUUGGUGCCUUUUCAUUGAAUUUCAAAGUUAUUUAUAUUUUAUUACGUCGCAAUGAAUUUAUUCAAUUUGACAAUAUGUUUUUGGAAAAAUAUUGUCAUCCACGUGAUGAGCAUGAAUUUUUCAUACAAACAAAAAUCGACAAUUUCAAUAGAAUAAAUUCCAUUCGUUACUUUGCAGUAUGUUACGUGUAUUUUGCAUUUAAUUUUGUCAUUUUGUCAUUGGCAUCGAAUGAUAUUGAAAGUUCAUUGCCGAUGAAAGCAUGGAUUCCUUAUAAUAUAGAUAAAAAUUUUAAUUUUUGGAUUGCUUAUUUACAUGAAACAUUGGUAAUGUUAAUAAUGAUUCAUGCAUAUGUUGCAUUAAAUGGUCUUACAAUUGGAAUGAUGCAACAAAUUUGUGGUCAAUUGGACAUUAUUAGUCAUCGUUUAUGUCAAAUUGAUAAAUUAGUUAAAAAAAAUGAUCAAAUUCCUACUAAUUCACAAUUUAUUAUUCUUAAACAAUGCGUGCAUCAUCAUUCUUACGUCUAUUUAAUUGGCAAAAAGUUGAAUAAUAUUCUCGGUUGGUUGGCACUUUUUAUGUCUCUUAUUACAAUUAUUAUUUUAUGUUCAAUGAUUUAUCAAGUGUCAACACACAAACCAAAUUCAUUGGAAUUUUGGUCAUCAAUUGCAUCUUCCAAUAGUCUUCUAAUAGAAAUAUUUCUCUAUUGUUGGUUUGGUCAGGAAAUGAUUGGAAAGAGUACAGGUAUAGCCGAUGCGGCCUACGAAAUUGACUGGUCAAAUUUAUCAAUAAAAUCAAAAAAAUAUUUAAUUCUUAUAAUAUUACGAGCUGCUAGGCCCAUACAAUGGAGUGGUUUUUCAAUUGUUACAAUGUCAUUGGAAACAUUUUUCAAGGUUUUAAAAGUAUCUUACUCGAGUUUUAAUCUUAUUAAAUCGAUGUAAGAUUCGAGUUUUAAAAAAACAAAAUUUACGGAUAAUUAUUAGACAAAAAUAAAAU